GAUAGCGGAGAGUGGACCCAGUAGAUCGAAAUCCUCAACUUUUAUUCUACCUCUGACGAUCUGAACUACUGUCGUUGCUCUUGGGGAAACACUCAUUACCUUCUUUGUAUGUCUUAUAUUUCUUUGUUAUUGUUUGGUGCUUAAUCUCUGUUCAUACUGCGACCCUGGGGGGUUCUGAAUUAUCCAUGAUGUGGAGGUUUUGGGGUCGAACGCAUGGCGGAAUCUUGAUGGAUUGCUGAUAUGAGGAUGUGGGUCUGAGGAAUGGGAACAAAAGUUCAGUGUCAAAGCUACUUGCCUGGAUAUUAUUCAAUGGGAGAUCUUAAUGAGGAUUCUAACAGUUUGAGUUGGUCUCUAUACUAUGGUGAUAAGACCUUGGCAAAUGGUGAAUAUUACAAUGUUGUUUCCUCAAGGGCUAUUGCUGAUGCAUGUCCAGGGUAUGGUAAGGAUGUACUGAAGCAAACAAUGCUUAAGCAUGAGGCUAUUUUUAAGGAUCAGGUGUCUGAACUUCAUCGCUUAUACAGAAUACAGAGGGAUAUGAUGGAUGACAUAAAAAAGAAAGAAUUACAAAAGAGUCAUAUUUCAGCACAGACAUCAUUAUCAUCAAGCCCUUUAGCUUCUCAAAUUACAUUUGAAGAUACCUGCAAAUGGCAUGUCCGUAGCUUUCCUUUGGCUAAUUCUUUUUGUGCAAGACCAUCAAUAUCAGGGUAUGAAGAUAUUCAUUCUCCUCUUAGUUUUAUGAAAGGAAACAGUGUCCAAACUGGUUCUUUUCUAUCCCAAAAUGGAGGAAGUUUGAAGGAUGUAGAGGUGCUAGACUGUAGACCCACGAAGGUGAGGAGGAAAAUGUUUGAUCUUCAACUUCCAGCGGAUGAAUACAUUGAUACUGAAGAAGCAGAACAUAGGGAUGCCACAGAUUCUGGCAUGGCAUCUCACCUUUCCAAUGGAAAUGGAAAAGUUGUAUCUGAGAAUGGUCCAAAAUUGUUUCUUGGUGAUUGUGGGAAGAAAAGUUCCCAAGUAAAUUCAUUAACAUCUAAAUCAUGUUUGAGGGCCACAAAUGGUUUGGCUGACUUGAAUGAACCCGCUGUUGUUGAAGAUACCAAUGGUUCUGUAUAUGCUGAUCUUCUAGGCAAUAGUUCUUCCCUUGGGAAGAUUCAAGGCUAUGAACUAGCUGCUAACCCAGACCUGCAGCUUCUUGGUUUUCCCAAUGAGAUUUCCAUGAAUUCUCAUCACAGAAGUAAUAAGAGGUCCAUAAACGAUCUAUGUUUAGAGAAUAAAGGACAUGCAAGAGGGUUAUUUUCUCAUGUGCCUGAAGCAGGGCAUGGUAAAAGCCCCUUGAUAUCUGCUUCUCAAGCUUUUCACUCGGAGAAGUUGCAUGUAUCCUGUCAGCCAGGACAAGUUCUUUUUGACAAAGUUCAUGAUCCUCCAACCCUCUUUCCAACUGAUCAAAGCAAGGUAGAUCUGUUGAGAAGGAGAACAGUUCAUGAUUUAGAAAUCUCGGGAAGAAAUCAUGAGAGCUCUGGGAUGAACCAACUCUCAGUUGUCACUUCUAAUAUACCUAGUCCAAAUCCAUUUGUGUCAGCUGAUUUAAUGAAGUCCUGGCCUAACUCUUUUUCGUCUUGGGAAAACCCUGGUAGUACCUUAAGCCAGAAGUCAGUGUUGGUUCAAGAACACCCAUUUCUGAACUCAGCUGGUACCUCUAGUAAGAGUUCUACAAUAUCAACCCAGAGCAAUGGGGGUUUUGGAGACAAGUGGCAACUUAACAGCAGUUCUAGACAUAACCCAGGUUUUAUACAUGAAUUGCCCAACCAAAAGGAUAUUUAUUAUGGAUCGUCAUCUGGGUCCAAGGAACUUGCAGUUCGCUUCCCGUCAGCUAGCAACAUUCACCUUAAUUCUGGUAAUGGUAAUAGUUUGGUCCCUGACCACUUUACUGCUCAUGUUUCAACUAAGCUCUCCAACAGUUCAAAUAGCACCAACAUGAAGGUUGCAAAUGAUGUGAACUUGAAUGUGGCACUUUCAUGCAGUUCAUCUAAUAGGCCAGCUCUGCAAUGUGUUGAAAUAGAUGGAGGAAGAAAAAAUGAGCAUCCCCUUCCAGGUUUGCCUUGCCUAAGAGCUACGCCUGCUUGUAAGAAUGAGGCUACCAUUGCUGGGAGGGAUUUGAAUAUGGUGGAUUUGAAUUUUUCUGAGUCUCCUGUGGAUCAGUCAGCAAAUAAAAAUGAGUCUGCAAAUUGUUUCAGUCAAAUGCUUAAUGAGAAUGUGAAGUCAGUCACAGACUCCAAUAAUGUUGAAGCGAGCAGAACCAAAAUAAGUGACUGCCUGAGUAAUAAAAAGAUUCUUGGGAUUCCUAUUUUUGGAAUGCCUCCUGUAUCUAAGGAGUCUUCUUCUCUUACCUCUCUCCCUUCCUUGUCCAUCUCUGAACCAUCUGAAAGAAAAGCAGGAAAUAAUGGGAGAAAUAGAUUCCUUGAUAUUAACUUGCCUUGCGAUGAUACUGUUCCUGAGUCAAGCCAAGGUAUUGCAGCAGAAGUUGUAGUUGUGGAGAAGGAAGCUGAUAUAAAGGUUGCGAGUUCCAGACAACACAUUGAUUUGAACACGUGUGUUACAGAGGAUGAUGCUUCUUUCAUACCUUCUGUUUCAGACUCAAAUGUGAAAAUGACUGGAGGGAUAGAUUUGGAAGCUUCCUUAGUUACUGAGACUGAGGCUGCUAUUCAUGGAGAAGAAUUUCUGGAGAAGGCAUGUGAAACAUCUAUACAAUCAUCACAACAUACUGACAAGUGCCCUCUUGAUGAAGUUAUAAGGACAGCUGCAGAGACAAUGGUUGCCAUCUCAUCAUCUGUUGGCUGUCAUUUGAAUGAUUCUAAUUGCAAUUCUUCUGAAACUUCUAUUACUGAUCUCCUUCAUUGGUUUGUGGAGGUAGUUUCUUCUUUUGGAGAAGAUAUAGAAAAUAGGUUAGACAAUCUUCUAACAGGUAGAGAUGGUGGGGAAGUAGAUGAUUCUUCUUCGGAAGAGAUUGAUUACUUCGAAUCCAUGACUUUGCAAUUGGCAGAGAUUCAGGAAGAGGAGUACAUGCCAAAAUCUCUGGUUCCUGAAAACUUAAAAGUGGAGGAAACAGGAACUAGUUUGCUAACAAGUCAAUCCCGAAAGGGACAAGGAAGGAGAGGGAGGCAGCGGAGGGACUUUCAAAGGGACAUCCUUCCAGGUCUUGCUUCCUUAUCAAGACAUGAAGUAACAGAAGAUCUUCAGACAUUUGGGGGGCUGAUGAGAGCAACAGGUCAUUUGUGGCAUUCGGGGUUGACAAGAAGGAGCUCUACUAGAAGCGGGUCUGGUAGGGGGAGGAGACGAUCAAUCACUAGCUCCCCUCCUGCUUUGACAGCAGGUACAGCUUACACACUGCCAACACUGCAGCCGGUUAAUAACAUUGAAGUGGCACUGGAAGAUAGAAGCCUUACUGGGUGGGGAAAGACACCUAGACGGCCCCGCCGGCAAAGAUGUCCUGUCAGUAAUCCUCCAUCAAUCCCAUUAACCUGACCAUGGGAAGGGGCUUCAAUGUAUUCGUUGAGUUGCCACACACAUGGGUUUGAGAAGUAAGGUUGCGGUGACCCGCAGAGAUUGGCCUUGCCCAUAAUCUGGUUACACUUGAUUGUGCUUGGGUGGUUUACGGACGACUUUGUAUUAUACUUUGUAUUAUUUUAUUAUAUUAUAAAUAAUGUUGCAUUAUUUCUUCCAAGUUAUUUAACGGCAUUCCCUGAGCAUGUGAUUUUGUUGUUGGUUUAAGAGCCCUUAUACUGUGAUUUUGCUUAUAAAACUUAUGAUUCAAG